CUUUGUUCGGCCAAGAUGGCUGACGGCAUCCCGUUAAAUCCGAUGCGGAAGAAUUCGAAGAGGCUACCGUACUACUACUCCGCCGGACUGCCGAGACUGGACCAGGAAAAGCUCAGAAAGCUUCAGGCUGAGGGAUGGACAGAACCAGAUUCUCUGUAGAAGAUGAUUCAUCCAUCCUGGAUGAGAUGCCUCUGAUGAUGUCGGAGGAAGCCUUUGAGAACGAAGAAAGCGACUACCAGACGCUGCCGCGGGCCCGGCUGGCCCAGAGGCGACGGGGCCUGGGCUGGCUCCUGCUUGGGGCGUGGAAGCUGCUCUGUGGCAGCUGCUGCGACUGUCUGCUUCGUCUGUGUCGGAGGAGGAAGGAGCUGAAGGCCCGCACCGUGUGGCUCGGCUGCCCGGAGAAAUGCGAAGAGAAGUACUCCAAGAACAUCAUCAAAAACCAGAAGUAUAACAUCCUCACCUUCGUGCCUGGGGUCCUCUAUCAACAGUUCAAGUUCUUCCUCAACCUCUACUUCCUGGUGGUGGCCUGCUCCCAAUUUGUACCAUCACUGAAAAUAGGAUAUUUGUACACAUACUGGGCCCCUCUGGGUUUUGUGCUGGCCGUUACUAUGGUGAGGGAGGCGGUGGACGAGGUGCGGCGCUGUCGGCGGGACACAGACAUGAACUCUCAGCUGUACAGCAAGUUGACCGUAAGAGGUAAAAUUCAGGUGAAAAGUUCAGACAUACAAGUUGGAGACCUGAUUAUUGUUGAAAAGAACCAGAGGAUUCCUGCAGACAUGGUUUUCCUGAGAACGUCUGAGAAGACAGGUGCCUGCUUCAUUCGAACAGAUCAGCUGGAUGGGGAAACUGACUGGAAGCUGAAGGUGGCCGUUGGCUGCACACAGCGCCUACCGGCGGUGGGGGACCUGUUCUCCAUCAAAGCUUUUGUCUUUGCCCAGAAGCCUCAGCUGGACAUUCACAGCUUCGAGGGGAACUUCACGCGGGAGGACUCGGACCCUCAGAUCCAAGAGAGCCUCAGCAUCGAGAACACCCUGUGGGCCAGCACGGUUGUGGCAUCUGGAACAGUGAUCGGGGUGGUGAUCUACACGGGGAAGGAGACCCGCAGCGUCCUCAACACCUCCUCCGCCAAGAACAAGGUCGGCCUUCUGGACCUAGAGCUGAACCGCCUCACCAAAGCCCUGUUCUUGGCCCAGGUGGUUCUCUCCAUCGUCAUGGUUGCGCUGCAAGGAUUUGUGGGUCCUUGGUUCAGAAACCUCUUCCGAUUUGUGGUGCUGUUUUCCUACAUCAUCCCCAUCAGUUUGCGGGUCAACUUGGACAUGGGGAAGUCUGCGUACGGCUGGAUGAUCAUGAAAGACGAGAGCAUCCCUGGUACUGUGGUCAGAACCAGCACCAUCCCAGAGGAACUGGGCCGACUGGUCUACCUGCUGACAGACAAAACUGGGACUCUGACACAAAAUGAGAUGGUGUUCAAGCGGCUGCACUUGGGAACGGUGUCGUACGGGGCGGACACCAUGGAUGAGAUCCAGAGCCACAUCGUGCGGUCUUACGGACAGGUGAGUGCCCAGGUGACCCAUCAAGCAAGUUCCUCUACAACAGGCGGCACCACACCGUCAGGGAAGAGCCAGACAGCGGGCCCCAGAGUCCGUAAGAGUGUCAGCAGCCGCAUCCACGAAGCUGUGAAGGCCAUCGCCUUGUGCCACAACGUGACUCCUGUGUACGAGUCGCACGGGAACGGGGAGACGGAGUCCGCAGAGGCCGACCAGGACUUCACUGAUGACAACCGCACCUACCAGGCCUCCAGUCCAGAUGAGGUGGCGCUGGUCCGGUGGACAGAGAGCGUCGGCCUGACUCUGGUCAACAGAGACCUGACCUCCCUCCAGCUGAAGACUCCAUCUGGACAGAUCCUCUCCUUUCACAUCCUGCAGAUCUUCCCCUUCACCUCAGAGAGCAAAAGGAUGGGCAUCAUUGUCCGGGAGGAGUCCACAGGAGAAAUCACUUUCUACAUGAAAGGGGCUGACGUUGCCAUGGCGAGCAUCGUUCAGUACAAUGACUGGCUGGAAGAGGAGUGUGGGAACAUGGCCAGGGAGGGCCUGAGAACUCUAGUGGUGGCCAAGAAGUCUCUGUCUGAGGAGCAGUAUCAGGACUUUGAGAGCCGCUACAGUCAGGCCAAGCUGAGCCUCCACGACCGCGCGCUGAAGGUGGCAGCGGUGGUGGAGAGUCUGGAGAGGGAGAUGGAGCUUCUGUGUCUGACUGGAGUGGAGGACCAGCUGCAGGCGGACGUGAGGCCCACUCUGGAGCUGCUGAGGAACGCCGGCAUCAAGAUCUGGAUGCUGACAGGAGACAAGCUGGAAACAGCGACAUGCAUCGCCAAAAGCUCCCAUUUGGUGUCCAGGAGCCAGGACAUCCACGUCUUCAGAUCGGUGUCAAACCGAGGGGAGGCCCACCUGGAGCUCAAUGCCUUCAGGAGGAAGCAUGACUGUGCUCUGGUCAUCUCUGGAGACUCCUUGGAGGUGUGCCUGCGGUAUUACGAGCACGAGUUCGUGGAGUUGGCCUGUCAGUGUCCGGCGGUGGUCUGCUGCCGCUGCUCCCCCACGCAGAAGGCCCAGAUCGUCACGCUGCUGCAGCAGCACACGGCCAACAGAACCUGCGCCAUUGGCGACGGCGGAAACGAUGUCAGCAUGAUCCAGGCGGCCGACUGCGGCAUCGGCAUCGAAGGAAAGGAGGGGAAGCAGGCGUCCCUGGCUGCAGACUUCUCCAUCACACAGUUCAGACAUGUGGGCCGCCUCCUCAUGGUUCACGGCAGGAACAGCUACAAGCGCUCAGCGGCGCUCGGCCAGUUCGUCAUGCACAGAGGGAUGAUCAUCUCCACCAUGCAGGCAGUCUUCUCCUCUGUUUUCUACUUCGCCUCUGUGCCUCUGUACCAGGGCUUCCUCAUGGUUGGGUACGCCACCAUCUUCACCAUGUUCCCCGUCUUCUCCUUGGUUUUGGAUCAAGACGUGAAACCGGAGAUGGCUCUGCUUUACCCGGAGCUUUACAAAGACCUGACCAAGGGCCGGUCGCUGUCCUUCAAGACUUUCCUCAUCUGGGUCUUGAUCAGCAUCUAUCAAGGUGGCAUUUUGAUGUACGGCGCGCUGCUGCUGUUUGAGUCGGAGUUUGUGCACGUGGUGGCCAUCUCCUUCACGGCACUCAUCCUGACCGAGCUCCUGAUGGUGGCGCUGACGGUGCGCACGUGGCACUGGCUUAUGGUGGUGGCCGAGCUCUUUAGCUUGGCCUGCUACCUCGCCUCGCUCGCCUUCCUCAGCGAGUACUUCGGCACAGGCAGGUUGUCCGCCAAAACUUUGCUUGAUCGCUCCUACAUCACCACCUGGCCUUUCCUGUGGAAGGUGUCUGCCAUCACACUUGUCAGCUGUCUUCCUCUCUACAUCAUCAAAUACCUAAAGCGCAAGUUCUCGCCCCCCAGCUACUCCAAGCUGUCCUCCUGAUACAGGCGGGGGUCGCUAACGGACGGGCCACCGACCAGUCGGAUUUUACUUGAAGCACAGGAGCAGCUUUUAAAAAAUGUUUCAUCAAACAGUUUUAUAGAGGUCAGGUUUUUAUAUGGGCUGAGUUUUUACUUUUUUUAUCGGGUUUGUGUAAAUGAAAGUUCAUCACAAUCCUGAACCCCCCCCCCCCCCCCCCCAGUGGCUGCUGUUAGGGCUGAGACUCUUGGCGAUCAAACUCCUGAAGGAGGAAUGAGUUUUAUCAUUCCCUCCACCUCUGAUCAGCACAUCAUCUUCUGGAUGUGGAGCAGGUCUGCUGCUCGUUUUUUUGAUCAUUCCUUGUUUUCUGAACUCCAACGGCGCCUUUGCUGUGAAGGAAGCAGCAGAGCGACGCCACAGACUGCACUUGAAGUUCUCCAUCUGUGUUCUGCUGUUUAUGUCUGUCAAAAAAUCUGUGGUAAUAAAAAAAAAAACAAAGAAGGCUGAG